UUGGAUACAUGCAGGAGACUUUCGCGCCAGAGUCAGGGCUCGUGGUUUGUUUCGCUUGCCCUUGUUUUUCCUUCCCAUUUGUGCUACUCUAACAUGCAAACCAACCAAGACCUCAAGAACGAGAUUAUGCGGCUAGAGGCGCAACUCGCGCUUGCAAAGCAGCACCCACCAACAGCCUACCGACCCAACCCCCGGCCCAGCUACCAGCACCACCCCUACCCUCAUUCUUAUCACCCUCGCCCCUCGCGCAACCUGAGACUAGUAGUGAAAAACGAUGCUUCGCCAGCACCAGGAGCUGACAGCCCAUCUGCUGCCAGUCAGUACAUGAGCUCUGGCAACAAGCUGGUCAGAGUAGGCAGUGGCUCCGAGGCAAGCAUCCGCCCACCUGCCCCCCGUCCACCCCGUCGCACUGUGGUCAGACCUAGCAGAAUAGGGCGCAACUUGACACUCAAGAACCCUGCUAAACCGCCCGCUGAACCUCCUGCGGAACCUCCUGCGGAAACAGAGGCACCGCCUGCAAGUGUGAAUAACCGCGGCACCAUAGAGGUGGACGGUAAGCAGUAUUUGGUGUCAAGCACUAAGCUCAGGCUUCUUCGCGAGUCUGCUGAAGUUAGUGCUGCAGGUGAGUUUUCUGCAACCGAUAGCAAUGGAUCGCAGCAGGCAACGUCAGACGAUGCACCGAUCACUCCCAUUGGCAGUGAAAGCUAUGUUCGUACCGGCAGCAGUAGCCUGGUUCGUACCAGGGUGCUUCAGGAGCACAGAACCAUGCGGGAGAAGGAGAAAGAGCAGCGCCGGCGCCUCUGCCCCCAGUUUAUGUAUGGUAGCUGCAAGUUUGCGAGCAGCAAGUGCAGGAACUCGCACACGCCGUCGCCAAUGAAUACGCCGGUAUGUUCGCAUUUCCAGCACGACAAGUGCACCCGGGAUCCGUGCCUGUUCCUCCAUGUAAAGGCAAACGCAAAUGCGCCCAUUUGCCGCCCCUUUGUGGGGCGAGGUGUCCUGCAUCGUCAUGUGUGGGAGUGCCCUGAUUGGGUUGAGAAAAACAGGUGCAGCCGGUCUAAAUGCAGAUUCCCGCACCCUGUCAAGCCCGUCGCCUCCAACGAAUCGGCCGCGCGGAAGGGUAACGGCGACGCAUCCGACAGCGACGACGAUGAUGUUCUCAAGCUGUACGAUGGCAAUGACCCAAGCGAGGACGCGAAUACCCAGGCGUGAGACAGGUUUUUGGUAGUUUAUUAUCUUGUUUUCUGGUAGAGUAUAUUGAAAAUAAAUGUGACGUUAACUGAA